AUGGAGCAAACUCAAGACUAUCAAAAUUUAAUUUAUGCAAGUGAAAUAUUACAACGUCAAAAAGAACAAGUAAUCAAAGAUAUCAAAGAUUUGAAAGAAAGAAUUGAACUCGAAAAUAAGGGAGAAGAAUUUAUUGACCAAUUAUAUGUAUCUCAUCAAACAGUUCAACCAGUUCCAAACAUCAAUUUUUCCAUGUAUUUACAAUUUUGCCAAGAUAAUCAUAUAGAAUUAUCUAAAGAACUGAUACACGCUUUAGAAAAAGAAGACGAAACCAAACAAAGUGAAGAAUACAAAGAAUUAGAACGAUUAUUAUCUAAGAAGUAA